ACCAACCUCAGCCUCGCUCCAACAACAUCCUUAAUUUUAGUCGGGGGAAAAUAGAGUGGAAGAACGUAGCCUGCUCGUCCCCUCUAAAAGCCUGAAGCCUGAAGCCGGCUCUUCAGCUAACCGUAGUAUUUGAGGGCACAACAUUCAAGUUCAAGGUCGGGCAGGGGUUCUUAAGGGUAAAUCUUGGUUUCCUAACCGAGAAGUGUGAUCCCUGGAAAUUGAGGGUCUAAUUGGGAAGGGCUUCUUUCCCCUUAGCGAUCACCUCCUCCGUCUUGGAGGGGGGACCCUCCCGGGGUGUGGCGCAGACUGAGCGCUCUGGCCUCAAUGGGUCCUCAACUUGCGCUCCUGGUGGCGGCGCUAACUUCCUGCCUGCUUCCUGCCCGGGGGUGUAUCAUAUGUGAUCCAAGGGUCCUGGCGGCCCUAGACUCCUUGGAUACGGAAUACCUAUCUAACCACAUGGCGCCCGAGCGUCGCAGGAACGUGAUGGAAAUGAUAAGACAAACCGUGAGGAAUUUCAAGGACCUGCCAGAUUUACAGCCUCACUUUAUGGGGGUUAUCGAUGACGCCACAAUGAACACGGCAGUCGUGAGUUUUCUGAGGACUGUGAGACUUGUCAGAAACAGUCGUUUAACAGAUGACCGUUUCGUGAGGGAGAUCUCCUGGAUGUUGACUCUGGAAAAGGAAGCAUUUCAGCACUAUAUUGAUCAAUUCCAAAAACAGGAUUUAUGUCCCAACAAAUGUGGUACGAUGUUGCAGCGUCUACUGUGGUGCAAAAAUUGUGUCCAGGACAAUUACAUCUGUCGAAAGUCCAGAGAUUGCGGGGUGCGCCAAAUCAACGUCCAUGAGAAGGAAGACAUGAUCCUGGACUGUGAGCUCAACUGGCAUAAAUUAUCUGAAGGCCUGACCAAUUACAGCUUUUACAGGGUUUGGGGGAGCAAUUCUGAGACCUUGCUGUACAAGGGGAAACGGCCCACCCUGACCAAGCCCCUGGUGAGGCCGGAGGAUGCAGGUAACUACCGCUGCGAGUUGGGCACUGUGCGAUCCAGCCCAGCCACCAUCAUCCAUUUUCAAGUCACAGUGUUGCCUCAAAGAAUCAUUGUCCAGCCAGUGUCCAAGUCUUCAACCUUUGUAACCCAGCCGUCAAUCAUUGGAACCAAGGCAGAGGAGGAAAUCGGGGAUGACCUGUCCCCAACCCACGAGCCCUCAGAGUGUUCAAAGAAUGUGCAGAGAGGCCGUCUGAUAGGGCUGCUGAUCUGGUGCGUCUUCCUGCUGAUAGCAGGCUUUGUCACCGGUGUACUAUACUUUCGGUAUGGGACGGUGAUCGAUUCCAUAAACUCCUGUUUGGCACAGACAAAGCCGCCGCCCCACAAGACUAGGUUCUAGAGAGUCGGCUGUCCCAGAGCCCGCUGUCACAGAUCCGGCUUUCGGAGAGCUAGGUUCUGAAGGUACCGAAGGAAAAGGCCUCAGUACAAAGGCGCAAAAUAAAGAUUUAUCCAGAUGUCUAUAUAUCAGAUUCAUCUCC